GCGUUCCGCCAGCGCGCAGGAUGCUCUAGAACGGCGUCACGUCAACAAGCGGGAACCUUUCGACCAACCGAUCAGCCUGAUAUCGCCCCCGGAUCGAGCCACAGCACGACUGGCGGCGCAAGCUACGCACAGGCCGGCGUGGAUAUUGCCGCUGGCGACGCACUGGUCGACGCCAUCAAGCCCGCAGCCAAAGCCACGAACCGUCCCGGCACAAUGGGCGGCCUCGGCGGCUUCGGCGCGCUUUUCGAUCUGAAGGCCGCAGGCUUCACCGAUCCCGUCCUCGUCAGCUGCACCGAUGGCGUCGGCACGAAACUGAUGGUCGCCAUCGAGGCCGGAAAGCAUGAUGAUGUCGGGAUCGACCUCGUCGCCAUGUGCGUCAACGACCUCGUCGUACAAGGCGCCACCCCGCUGUUCUUCCUGGACUAUCUCGCCACCGGAAAACUCUCCGUCGAAGCCGCAGCCACGGUCGUGAAGGGCAUCGCCAAGGGCUGCGCCGAGUCCGGCUGCGCUCUCGUCGGCGGCGAAACGGCUGAAAUGCCCGGCAUGUACGCUCCCGGCCAUUACGAUCUCGCAGGCUUCAGCGUGGGUGCUGCCGAGCGUAACAGCCUGCUUCCCGCCAAUAUCGCCGAAGGCGACACGCUGAUCGGCCUGCCCUCUUCCGGCGUUCAUUCCAACGGCUUCUCUCUGGUGCGCGAAGUCGUGCGUCGCUCUGGCCUCGGCUGGAACGACCCGGCCCCCUUCGCUGAAGGUCACACGCUGGCCGAAGCCUUGUUGACGCCCACGAAGCUCUACGUCCGCACGGUUCUGGACCUGCACGCCAAGGGCUUGCUGAACGGCUGCGCCCACAUCACCGGCGGCGGCCUGCCGGGCAACCUGCCACGCGUCCUGCCCGAAGGCCUUGGCGUCCGCAUCGACGGCUCCGCAUGGGUCGUGCCGUCCGUUUUCCGUUGGCUGGCCAAAACCGGCAAUGUGGCGGCUGACGAAAUGCUCCGCGUCUUCAACUGCGGCAUCGGCAUGGUGCUUGUCACAUCCGAGCCGGAAAAGGUGCCUGUCGCGAUCCUCAUCAGCGGUCGCGGCAGCAACAUGCGCGCCCUGAUCGAAGCCUGUGCCCGACCGGACUACCCCGCCGAAAUCGUGCUGGUCCUCAGCAACCGCCCGGAUGCGCCGGGCCUUGAGGUCGCCGAAGACGCGGGCCUGAAAACCCUCGUCAUCGACCACAAGCCUUUCGGUACGGACCGCGAAGCCCACGAACGCGAAAUAGACGCAGCCCUUCAGGCCUCCGGCGCCAUGCUGGUCGUCCUCGCGGGCUAUAUGCGUGUCCUGACACCAUGGCUGGUCAAUGCUUGGGAAGACAGGAUGCUCAACAUCCACCCGAGCCUCCUGCCCGCCUUCCCCGGCCUGCACACCCACGAAGCCGCCCUCAAGGCUGGCGCAAAAGAACAUGGCUGCACCGUCCACCUCGUCACAUCCGGUGUGGAUGAAGGCCCUAUCCUCGGACAGGCCAGCGUUCCCGUCCUUGAAACUGAUACGCCGGAAACCCUUGCCGCCCGCGUGCUGGAACAGGAACACCUGCUCUACCCGGACGUACUCGAAAUGAUCUGCGACGUUUUUGCGAAGUAA